AUGCCUAUUUACACAGUUCCUGCAAGAAGUCCCUCUGAGACACAAUGUACUACCACUUUGCAGAAGACUUCUUUGCAGAAUACCAGCAGCAAAGCAUCUGGGCGGCAUCUGAAAUCACAAGUGUCGGGAGAAGAAAAGGAUAGUCUACUUUCAUGUUCGCAGAGUAAGACUGAGGAAGUAAACAGGACCUACGUGAUUUCAGCCUGUAAAAAAGUGAGUGACACAUCAACUACAUUUAAAUCUGAAGGCAGAUUAACACUCCAGAGGAGAACUGGAGCAAGCAAAAAAUCAGUGUCCAGUAGCGAACAAUUGCAUAUGAACACAACACAGGGUAUUGAAAAUACACAAACAGAGAAAAAACUUACUCUUCAGAGGCGUGUGAGGACUGGCUCCAUAGAGAAGAGUAAAAUUAAUUGGAAUACUGUCCCUGGAAUAGACAAUGACUCUGCUGCACAAAGAAAUUACAAGAUUGCACUUCCACCAAAUGUUAAUAAUAAUGAUACCCACAAUGUUAAACCAACCUUUAAGUUAGCUGAGGGUCAGUCAGGUACGAAGUUGCAGUGUAACCUGAACAGCAAGGAUUCCUUUGCCUUUGGCGGUGGUCUGUGUGAAAAUGACAGCUGCAUGCAUUUAAAAUACAGCACAAGCACUGCUGAUGCAAAGUUUCAAAAUGAAGUUCCUAAAUCAGAACAAUUAGUUACCUCAAAAUAUAUUAAUAGGAUAGCAGGAGAACAACUGAAUGAAAAAGGCAAUAUAAAUAAGCUGGCUGGAAAGCAAAGGUUGCAACACUUGAUUAUAAAACACAACAGCUUGGAAAGACCAAGGACGCCAACAAAAUGUUCAACAGAAGGGUUUAAGCUUACACCAAAGAAUAGCACUUCUCAGGAUCAACUGUCUCUGUCCGCUUCAAAUAAACGAACGCCUUGUCUUCAAAUUCUAGCCAAAAAGAAAACUAGUGUCUCCAGCUGUCCUUCUGUGAGCAGUUCAAAACCAACAGAGAACGCAGAAACUCUAGCUGAGAGCAAUAGCACUGAGAAAGAUGUUUUCAAAGUGGAAAACAGCAAAGUGAUUGUAGCUGUGCGUGUACGGCCUUUCAGUAACAGAGAGAAAAAUGAAAACUCACUCCCUGUAAUCUCCAUGAGCGUUGCAGAGACAGCUGUACGAAACCCAGCCACAAACCAAGUUUACAGCUUCAGUUAUGACUUCUCUUUCUGGUCUUUUGACAAGUGUCAUCCUAAUUUUGCAAGCCAAGCAAUGAUUUAUAAAACUUUGGCAGUGCCGCUCCUAGAAAGAGCUUUUGAGGGAUAUAACGCUUGUCUUUUUGCUUAUGGGCAGACUGGUUCUGGAAAAUCAUACACGAUGAUGGGAUUUGAUGAAGACCAAGGAAUAAUUCCAAGACUUUGUGAAGAUCUUUUCACUCAAAUAGCACAAAUGGACAAGCAACAGAUUUUGUAUCAUCUUGAAAUGAGCUUUUUUGAAGUAUACAAUGAGAAAAUUCAUGAUUUGCUUGUCUUUAAAGCUGAAAGUGGACAGAAGAAACAACCACUUCGUGUAAGAGAGCAUCCAGUGUUAGGACCAUAUGUGGAAGGCCUGACAGUGAAUGUUGUCAGUUCUUACUCUGAUAUCCAGAGUUGGCUUGAACUAGGAAAUAAGCAGAGAGCAACAGCUGCUACAGUAAUGAAUGACAAGAGCUCUAGAUCUCAUUCUGUCUUCACCCUUGUCAUGACGCAAACCAAGGUAGAAUUUGUGGAUGAAGAGCAAUGUGAUCGUAGGCUUACCAGUCACAUAAAUUUAAUUGAUCUAGCUGGCAGUGAGUGCUGCUCAACAGCUCAGACCACUGGAGAAAGGCUGAAGGAGGGUGCGAGUAUCAAUAAAUCACUGUUAACCCUUGGAAAGGUCAUUUCUGCACUCUCUAAACAAUCUCGAAAUGGAAAGAAAACUUUCAUUCCUUACCGGGAAUCUGUUCUUACUUGGUUGUUAAAGGAAAGUCUCGGUGGAAAUUCACAAACUGCUAUGAUUGCCACAGUAAGUCCAGCUGCCAGCAGUACAGAAGAAACACUCAGCACUCUUCGCUAUGCAAAACAAGCUUGUUCAAUUAUCAACAUUGCUAAAGUAAAUGAAGAUGUGAAUGCCAAGCUAAUCAGAGAAUUGAAAGCUGAAAUUGAAAAACUGAAGGCAGCUCAGAAGAGCGCUCUGAACACUGAUCCUGAAAAAUACAGACGUUAUUUGCAGGAAAUAACAUCUUUGAGGGUAAAAUUACGCCAGCAGGAGAGGGACAUGGCAGAAAUGCAAAGGGCCUGGAAAGAAAAAUUUGAACAAGCAGAAAAAAGAAAAUUAGAAGACAUAAAAGAAUUGCAGAAAGCAGGAAUUGCAUUCAAAAUGGACAAUCAUUUACCAAACCUUGUCAAUCUCAAUGAAGAUCCUCAGCUUUCUGAGGUGCUAUUGUAUAUGAUCAAAGAAGGAGAAACUACAGUUGGAAGGUAUACAUCAAAUUCGAAACAUGAUAUCCAGCUUUCCGGAGUGCUAAUUGCUGAUGACCAUUGUGUUAUAAAAAAUACUGUUGGCAAAGUGAGUAUUAUUCCACUAAGAGAAGCAAAGACAUAUGUGAAUGGGAAAUGCAUUUUAGAACCAACAGUUCUGCAUCAUGGUGAUCGAGUGAUCCUUGGGGGAGACCACUAUUUCAGGUUUAAUCAUCCAGUAGAAGUUCAGAAAGUUAAAAGGCCAUCUUGUGGGACUAUGUUUUUGCAUGAUGGUCCAAAAGAUUUUGAAUUUGCAAAGAAUGAGCUGCUUAUUGCACAAAGAACACAGCUUGAGUCAGAAAUUGAAGAGGCACGACUCAAAGCCAAGGAAGAAAUGAUGCAAAGUGUCCAAAUUGCAAAAGAGAUGGUUCAGCAAGAACUGACCUCACAAAAAGAAGCUUAUGAAAGCAAAAUAAAAUCACUGGAAGCAGAGGUGAGAGAAGAAUCUCGUAAGAAGCAAAUCCAAGAACUGAAUAACCAAAAAGCUGCAACUAAAAUACAGGAGCUAGAGAAGGCAAAGCAAAAUCUUGAGCUAGAACUACACUUCAAUAAGAAGCGUUUAGAAAUGGAGACCUUAGCUACCAAGCAGGCUCUAGAAGAUCAUACUAUUCGUCAUGCAAAGAUACUUGAAGCUCUGGAAGCUGAGAAGCAAAAGAUUGCUGAAGAAAUACAGAGUCUUCAGAAGAAUCGUGGAAGUGGGAAUAAAACUAUGACUAUUCCACUUAAUUGGAAUUCUCUGAAGCUAUCUGUGAUGAUCAAAGAGGCCAACACCAUUAGUAAUGAAUUAGGGAAAAACACUGUUUUCUACAG